GUGUACCCGGAGAAAGGAACGGUGACUUUCUCCGCCGGUCUUCACGGAUGGGCGUUCACGCUGACGAAUUUCGCGAAGAUGGACGCCUCCAAGUUCAAUCUGGACGUCAAGAAGAUGAUGGAGAGGCUUUGGGGCGAGAACUACUUCGAUCCGACGACGAAGAAGUGGACGAAGAAGAACAUGGGGUCGGCCAAAUGCCAGCGAGGGUUUGUGCAGUUCAUUUAUCAGCCGCUGAAGCAGAUUAUCACGGCCUGCGUGAACGAUAAGAAGGAUUCGUUGUGGCCGAUGCUUACGAAGCUUGGGGUGCAGCUGAAGGCUGACGAGAAGGAGCUGAGCGGGAAGGCCUUGAUGAAGAGAGUGAUGCAGACGUGGCUGCCGGUGUCCGACGCGUUGUUGGAGAUGAUGAUUUUCCACUUGCCGUCCCCUGCCACGGCGCAGAGGUAUCAUGUGGAGAACCUGUACGAGGGUCUGCUGGACGAUAUGUACGCGAACGCCAUUAGGAACUGCGACCCGAAGGGCCCGCUCAUUCUGUACGUGUCGAAGAUGAUUCCCGCCAUGAAGGUCAGGAUCAUGGGGCCGAACUACAUGCCCGGGCAGAAGAAAGAUCUCUUCAUGAAGAGCGUGCAGAGGCCUGUUCUAUGGAUGGGAAGGAAGCAGGAGUCGGUCGAGGACGUGCCUUGCGGCAACAAUGUCGCGCUUGUCGGUCUCGAUCAGUUCAUCGUCAAGAACGCCACGUUGACAGGAGAGAAGGGCGUCGACGCUCAUCCCAUCCGAGCGAUGAAGUUCUCCGUGUCGCCCGUUGCGCGUGUGGCCGUGGACUGCAAGGUCGCGUUGGCCCGGGACCUUCCCAAGCUCGUAGAAGGAUUGAAACGCUUGGCCAAAUCGGACCCUAUGGUUGUCGUCUCGACGGAGGAGUCCGGAGAGCAUAUCGUGGCAGGAGCAGGAGAACUCCAUCUGGAAAUUUGCCUCAAGGAUUUGCAGGACGACUUCAUGGGAGGGGCUGAGAUUAGGGUGUCCGACCCAGUGGUGUCUUUCCGGGAGACGGUUUUGGAGAAGUCCUGCCGCACAGUUAUGAGCAAGUCGCCCAACAAGCACAACCGGCUGUACUUCGAAGCGCCCCCGCUGGAAGAGGGUCUGGCUGAAGCCGUCAAUGAUGGCAAGAUUGGCCCCAAGGACGACCCCAAGGUGCGGUCCAAGAUUCUGGCGGAGGAGUUCAAGUGGGACAACGAUCUUGCGAAGAAGAUUUGGUGCUUCAGACCGGAGACUACUGGGCCCAACAUGGUGGUCGAUAUGUGUAAGGGAGUUCAGUACCUGAAUGAAAUCAAGGACUCGGUCAUUGCAGGUUUCCAGUGGGCGUCGAAGGAAGGAGCGCUAGCGGACGAGAACAUGCAUGGUAUAUGCUUCGAAGUGUGCGACGUUGUCCUCCACGCUGACGCCAUCCACAGAGGCGGCGGGCAGGUCAUUCCAACCGCAAGGCGUGUCAUGUAUGCCGCGCAGCUAACGACGAAGCCUCGUCUCUUGGAGCCUGUCUACCUCGUCGAAAUUCAGGCACCGGAGCAGGCUCUCGAUGGAAUCUAUGGUGUUCUCAAUCAGAAGAGAGGGCACGUGUUCGAGGAGAUGCAGCGCCCUGGCACGCCCUUGUACAACAUCAACGCGUACCUGCCUGUCAUUGAGUCUUUCGGGUUCUCCAGCACUCUCCGCGCCGCCACUUCGGGCCAGGCCUUCAUUCAGUGUGUCGUCGACCACUCGGAGAUGAUGAACAGUGAUCCCAUGGAUGGGACAACCCAAUCUGGUGCAAUUUUGCAGUCCAUCAGGAAGAGGAAAGGACUCAAGGAGCAGCCUACGCCCCUCUCCGAAUUCGAAGACAAGCUGUAAGCGGGACAAAGUGCUGGAAACUGGAGAGCGGUCGAAGUGGGACGGGGAGAGUGUAUACAUACAACCUCCUUGCACUAUUUUGAUGCUGGUCACGCUGCUUUUUCGUG